CGCGCGCUGGUCACGGGGCCCGGCGUUGACACUUCCGGGUGGGACCGAAGUGAGGCGGCCGGGAAGGGGCUGGCAACUCCGGCUGCAGUCAUGGCGUAUCACGGCCUCACGGUGCCUUUGAUCGUGAUGAGCGUGUUCUGGGGCUUCGUCGGCUUCGUCGUGCCCUGGUUCAUUCCUAAGGGUCCCAACCGGGGAGUUAUCAUCACCAUGUUGGUGACCUGUUCAGUUUGCUGCUAUCUCUUUUGGUUAAUUGCAAUUCUGGCCCAACUCAACCCUCUCUUUGGACCACAGUUAAAAAAUGAAACUAUUUGGUAUCUGAAGUAUCAUUGGCCUUGAGGAAGAAGACGUGCUCCACGGUGCCCAGACUUUGAGGUCACGAAGAAAAUUCCUUCUAGAUGCAAAACCACCUCCAAACCCAGAUCGCCUUCUCUGACUUGCCUAUUUUGGGCAUCAGCUGCCUUAAACUAAGUUCGCACCAUAUUUGAAGAUCUUUUUCUACAAUGCAGUAUUUUUUCCUUCAUCUUUUUUACAUUUUGAUGAAAGAUGUGCCUUCUUAACCUAAGCUGUGCUGACUCUACAAAUAUAUGCACUCUUCUGAGGGAGAAGGUGUUCUUCUGAGGACUCUGUUACUCUUGCCUUGGCGUCUGAGGAUUUGAAGAUAGCUCCUGCCAGUUCACAACAUAGGAAUCAGCAAUGUGUUGAAAACUGCUGCAAGACAAAUAAGACUCCAGUGGGGCACUUAAUAGGAGAUUGCGCUCAGAAACAUCUGUCCCAGCAGAUUUAUACCAAGCUAUAUUUUCAGGAUGAAUUUCUUAUAUCUGCCAUCUUUUGGAAUAAAUUAUUUUUCUGCUUUCUAUGGAAA